UCACCAGCGCUAAACAAAAUCACAUCAAAAUUGCUUAGACAUGGCAGCCAGACCAGUAGUUGUGCUUCUUUCUCUUCUGUUAUUUGCCCUGGCUGUGAGGUCACAAGCAGGAGGAAUAGCAGUGUAUUGGGGCCAAGACGGAGGAGAAGGUAGUUUGGCUGAUACAUGUGCCACAGGCAACUAUCAGUUUGUGAACRUUGCCUUUCUAGUUGCAUUUGGCAAUGGCCAGACUCCACAGCUCAAUUUAGCUGGCCAUUGUGACCCARCCUCAAAUGGUUGCACCGGUUUGAGUAGUGAUAUAAAAGCUUGCCAGAGCMAAGGCAUYAAAGUGCUUCUUUCCCUUGGAGGUAGCGCUGGAGGCUACUCCCUUUCUUCUGCGGAUGAUGCUCAGCAAGUCGCAAACUACCUUUGGAACAACUUCUUGGGAGGCCAGUCAGAUUCACGUCCAUUAGGGGACGCUGUUCUGGACGGAAUCGACUUUGACAUCGAGGGUGGCACGACCCAGCACUGGGACGAGUUGGCUAAGGCUCUUAAUGGAUUCGGUUCUAAGGUUUACUUGAGUGCUGCUCCGCAAUGCCCCUACCCAGAUGCAUGGCUUAAUGGUGCAAUUCAAACUGGCCUCUUUGAUUACGUCUGGGUCCAGUUCUAUAACAAUCCUCCAUGUCAGUAUGCCGGAAGUGCUGACAAUCUUAUAAGCGCUUGGAACCAAUGGACCUCGUCGGUUCCAAAUAGUCAGAUCUUCUUGGGGCUGCCUGCCGAUUCAAGUGCAGCCCCCAGCGGUGGCUACAUCCCGCCAGACACACUAGUGUCUCAGGUUCUACCCUCUAUUCRGUCUUCUUCCAAUUAUGGUGGUGUGAUGCUGUGGUCCAAGUCUUCUGACAAUGGCUACAGUUCUUCUAUUAAGAACAGCGUUUGAUUUCAAGUGCUGUUCUUCUUAUUACAUGCAUGGCCUCAUUGUUCUUGGUCCAAAUAAAUUUUAGUUUCUCCCUUCAUAGCAAUUUAGCAGUAAUUAUGCCUUAAUUUGCAUCUCAAGUUCUACCCUCCAGUACUCAGUCUUCUUCCAUAUUUGGUGGUGUUGUUCUUACAUGGGCUGAUUGUUCUUGGUCCAAAUAAAUUUUAGUGUCUUACUUCA